UUAGGAAAACGGAUCGGUUUAUACCGGGUUAUCAAAGAUAUUGGCAAAGGAAACUUUUCCCAAGUAAAACUAGGCAUUCACUCCAUGACGAAGGAUAAAGUGGCCAUAAAAAUCAUCGACCGGGCUAAACUGACGGAGAAGACGAAAAGGUUUCUGACGCGUGAGAUCAACUGCAUGAACUCAGUCGACCAUCAAAACAUUCUCAAACUCUUUCAAGUAGUCGAAACCGUUUCUAAGAUCGGUUUAAUUGUUGAAUUCGCACCAGGCGGUGACUUGUACACGAAAAUAACCGAUGAAGGCCGGUUGCCCGAGUCACUCUGCCGGCGAUAUUUUCGUCAGAUGGUCUCAGCUGUACAACACAUGCACGCACGAGGUGUGAUACAUCGAGACUUAAAGGCAGAGAACAUUCUUUUCUCGAGCAGCAGCAGCAGCGCCUAUAACAGCAGCAACGACGAAGAACAAAAAAAUGUAUUAAAAAUUGGAGACUUCGGUUUCAGCAUCCACCUCAGCCACCCCGACCUCCUCGACACCUACUGCGGCUCACCCCCGUACGCCGCCCCAGAACUUUUUAAGGACGAUUUCUACAGGGGAGAGUUGGUCGACGUGUGGGCAUUGGGGGUCCUUCUCUACUUCAUGGCGACCGCGGCGCUACCCUUCCAGUCGGAGACUAUAAAAAAAUUGAAGGAGUUGAUUUUGGAGUGCAGCUUCGUCGUCCCGAAGUUCGUAACCAACGGUUGCUACCGACUCAUCAAGAACAUCCUAGUGGCUGACCCCGUGAAGCGAUUGAAAGUGGACGAGGUGCUGGCAGACGAGUGGCUAGCAGGC